AUGAUCACCAAUGGGCUUAUUGUUGUUGUGAAUUUUGCCAACUGGACUAAAGGCAGAAGUCUGAUGCCAAAUGAUGAAAUCCUCACCAGUCUGGGGCUGUCCAACCUUUUCUUCUCCACCACAAUAGUUUUGGAUUAUUUCAUUUCAUUCCUCUGGAGGGAGUUCUACAACACUUUUGUCAGAGUGCAAAAAAUUAUGUUUUGUCUUGACAUUGCCACCAGCUUUGCAAGCUUCUGGUUCACUGCCUGGCUGAGUGUCUUUUAUUGCAUGAAAAUUAUCAACUUCAAGCAGCCAUUUCUGGCCAAGGUGAAACUAAAGUUUUCAGGCCUUGUACGCUGGCUCCUCCUUGGCUCUGUGCUGUUUUCUUUGGGCUCAGCUGUUCUCCUUUACUGGGCUUUUUGGAAAGCAUCACUCAGAUUUCCAUCCAAAGGUCCAGUUAACCAAACCAUCAGCCUCCCUUCUGACUUUAACCAGACACUCAGUCACGAGCGUGGAAACGUGAUCUUGGUUCAUAUGACCCUCUCUUACAAGCUUCUCAUUAUAUUGCUGGGCUGCUUUGCUCCCUUUGCAGUGGUGAUUUCCUCUUCCAUCCCAGUUCUCAAGUCUCUUUUCAGGCACAUCCAACGUCUGGAACAAAAUGCAUCCGUUUUCCACAACCCUCGCCUGGAGGCUCAUCUAAAUGCAUCCAAGGCACUGCUGUCUCUCCUUCUAAGCUACUGCUCUUUGUAUGUUUCUGAGAUAGUAGUCAGAGCGGAAAUCUUUCCUAACUGGACAAGCUCAUAUUUUUUGUGCCUGACAACUCAGCUUGCCACCUUGGCGGUACAAGCUUCCACCCUGAUCCUAAGUAAUCAAAAACUGAAGCAAUCCGUUGUCCAGUUUCUUCCCUGCAUGCAGUCUGAACCUGCACAACACCACGAGGAAUUUAGGGUGAAGGCAGACAUUGCUUGUGUAGUACAAUUAGGGAACCCAAAGAAUCCUUUACAGAGAAAAGAAAGGAACUGCGGAAAGCCUUUUCCCAUUAAUCUGUACUGUAUAACAUCUCCAUAUUUGCUACAGAGCUAUGGCAGCCUGUUUAAUCCCAAGUACAGGUUUGUCAAAUGCAUCCUGGAAUUCAAAGAUGAUGCCAGCUAA